AUGGCGGCGAGGCCGCGGAGGCAUCGCUCGCGCUUUGCAAAGCAGCCGCGGGGUGACUUUUGUGAUGGCGCUAAGAAGACGAUUGAUGAACCUUCUCUUACGACUUCCAUGGAGUGGGACACGCAGGUGGUGAAAGGGUCUUCGCCACUCGGCCCCGCCGGGCUGGGGCCGGAGGAGCCGUCCGGCCCGCGGCUGCCAUGGUGGCUGCAGCCCGAGAGAUGCGCUGUGUUCCAGUGUGCGCAGUGCCACGCCGUGCUCGCUGACUCUGUGCACCUCGCCUGGGACCUGUCGCGGUCCCUAGCAGCCGUGGUCUUCUCCAGAGUCACAAAUAAUGUAGUUUUGGAGGCUCCCUUCCUAGUUGGCAUUGACGGUUCGCUCAAAGGCAGCACAUACAACCUUUUAUUCUGUAGUUCCUGUGAGAUUCCCAUUGGUUUCCAUCUGUAUUCUACUCAUGCUGCCCUUGCUGCCUUGAGAAGUCACUUCUGCCUUUCCACUGACAAAAUGGUGUGCUACCUCUUAAAAACAAAAGCCAUAGUAAACGCAUCUGAGAUGGAUAUUCACAACGUAUCUCUACCAGAAAAAGUUGCAGAGCUGAAAGAGAAGAUAAUGUUAACGCAUACUCGCUUAAAUUCACUCAUCAAGAUUCUGAAGGAAGGGACUCCUGACCAGUCCAAGCCAACAAACUGAUCCAGAAUCAAAGCUUGAGUAUCAUGUUCAGGCCUUAUUGCUGUCUUCAACAACAGGUGCUGUUUGAUCACUUCUCAAGAAAGUUCAGUUUCAAGGAUGAAUGGGAAAUGUGGUUUAUUGUUUACCUCUAGACUGAUUUUCCAAGUGAUUUGUGAAGCUGUUUCUGGAAGAUGAGAAACUAAGGAGACUUCUGUCCAGGUUUCAUAGUUAUCUGUCUUAAGAAUUUAUUUUAGCUUCUUAUCAAUUUCAUAAUAUUUAUUUCGGAAAACAUUUUGACUGCAAAUUUAGGGAUUAAGAGGCAAUGUCCCAUGAGUGCUCUGAUCUAAAGAUGCAUGUUUGGCCUGAAAAUAGCGUUGUACUUAUGUUGACUAUUAUUUCUACGUGGAACAACUGUCAUGAAUACUGAGAAAUCAUUUUUUUCUUAUGUGAAAUACGGGUACAUACAUUUUCUGUAGGUUAUGUUCAGUAAGUUAACUGCAUAAUAUAUGUUUCCCUUUUCUGUUGUAAACUGAGCUUAACAGGAUGAUAAUGAAAGGAAUGAUAAAAACAUCAAACAUUUACCAAAAUGCUUUCUUUUAUUUUGCUUUAUGUAGCACUGUGGCUCAGUAGUUCAUCAUAUUAUUCAUUUAAUAAAUAUUUAUAAAGUAUUAUGCUAGCUGCUGGGGAUGAAAGAUAAGCAAAAACAGCUACUCUGUAUCCUCAGUUUAUAAUCUAGUCAAGAGAUGGGACACUCAAAUAACCACAUGAAGACAUUUAAAAUUACAACUGUAGUAAGGGUUCUGAAGAAAAGGGACAUAGAGAUAUAAGCACAUAUAGCAAGUAACUGACCUGGUUUGGGGGUCAGGUAAGGCCUCUCUGUGGGAGUAAUAAUGUUUCAGCAGUGGUCUGAAAGAUGAGUAGGCAUUUAAUAAGCUGACGAAGAGAACAGUCUAUACAAAGGCCCUUAAAAAGACCUGUAGGAGUUACAACGGUGUCCAGAAACCUGCGGAUGCAAGGUCUUAUCGGCCUUCUGAAGGAUGUUUGUUUUUAUCCCAACAACCUUGAAGAAUUUUAAAGGAGGCCUAUGACAGGAUCAAAUUUUCGUUUUCAGAACCUCAUUAGGGUUGUCCUAUGGAGAAUGGGUGGGAGGGCGGCAAGCAGACCACUAAGGAGGGGCUGGCACUAGAACAAUCAAGAGACGAUAGCCUAGUGGUGGUGCACAGAGAAGUUAAUGUGGUUCUGAUGUGGCUAGCAGAUUUUUUUUUUUUUUUGCUGCGCUGCGCAGCAUGUGGGAUCUUAGUUCCCUGACUGGGGACCGAACCCACACCCCCUGUACUGGAAGCGCAGUCUUAAUAACCACUGGACCACCAGGGGAGUCCCCAGUGGCUAGCAGAUUUAAUAGCAGAUUCUUUCCAUUUUAGACUGCAUAUAGGAUAUUUUCCUUUAAAACUAUUUGAAAGAGAAAAUUCUGGCUCGCUUUAUGCUUUUGAGUUGCAAAAUUUGGUUAAGUAAGGGCGAAGCCUCUGGCAACAACCAGUACCAGAAAAGCUCUUUCUACUCCUAAAGAAUGAGACCUAAUACUAAUACUACAUUGAAUCAUCCUGGGAUUCUUAUUGUGUAUGGGUAUGUCUGCCUCAACGUAUUUCCUUUCUUUAAAAAGCUGUUCUUACGUAGCGAUUUUCCUUAACCUCUGGAUUUGCUGUUUUGGUAGACUUUCAAUAGAAAAUUAAAUGCUUGAACUUGACAUCAAAUUAAGCUGGCUAGUUUUAAAUAUUUUUUUUUCUCUCAAAUACAAAUUACAUGUUUACUCUAGAAAAAAAUUCAGAUAUAGAUGUGUGACAAAGGAAAGGGUAAAAGUAUACUUCCCCUUACAUUUCUGAGAGGCACAAUGUAGCAUGCUGG